AGACCGGGACCCACCGCACCCCUCCCGGGCCCCACCUGCCGCAGCACGAGCGGGAGGCGGCGGCACGGCCAGACCCGGACCCUCGCCCUGAGUUCCUGCUGGUGCGGGACAGCCUGAGGAAGAUGAAGCUGGCAGAGCCGGGCGCCCGGCAGACAUGAGCAGGAGCUGGCCUGGCGGAGACGGGGGGCUGCUCCCCGGGACCCCCACGGCAGCACAGUGGGCUCCCCCCUGUCCCCAGCACAUCCCGGCACUGGGAACGGCGCCCGGUGCUGUCAUUCUGGGAGAGCUCGUGGUCGGGGACAGCCGCGGGUACCGCGUCCCCAGAGCCGUGAGAACCAACGUGCCAAGGCCUGGAAUGAGCUGGCAGAGCCAGGGCAGCGCCGGGGGCGGCGCAGGCAUGUGGCGGGCAACCGUCUCACCCCAACCUGCACCUGCUCCAGCUCUCUCUGAAAAAAAAACCCAACACCAAGAAAAUAAAAGUUUUCAUCUGGUUUUCUUGAUGCAAAUAUGCCAGGGACGGGGACAGGGAUGGGGUGGCAUUGGCUUGGUUGACUGCGUGCGGUGGGGAUGGAGGGUGGCCGCUGUGGGGGAGUUGCAGGGUGGGUUGGUGGCCAGUGGCUCCGUUCAGUGGUGGCCCCCCCAGCCCAGAUGCAGGUUAGUGUCCACCUGAGGCCUUUAGCCAUGACCUGGUGGAGUGGAGCCUUCUUCAACCCCCUAGGCUUCCUCUCCCCCCUCCUUUUUUGGGGGUUUCUUUCUUCUCUUUUUUUUUUUUUUUUUUUCUGUUUCCAAAAUUAAACGCGCUUUACCUCCUGCCCCUUCCACCCUGCAGCCCUUGCCCCGUUGGCAAGGAAGUGCAAGGUGCUGUUUUUGAGCAGAUCUCAGAUCAACAACCCAACCGCUGGGUGCGGCGAGCACCGCCCCGGGCACCGGGGAGGGCACGCGGCCACCACCAUGGCUCCCGAGGAGCUCGCUGCCUUGGCUGACUACGAUUACUCACCGGUGUCCAACGGGACAGGGAACUGGGAGGUUGUGUUCACCACUGUCUUCAUCCCCAUCCUCUACUCCUUCAUCUUCCUCCUUGGCCUCGUGGGGAAUCUCUUUGUCAUUGUGCUGAUGGGCAAGAAGAGCCGGGGCAAGAGGAUGGUGGACACCUUUGUGCUGAACCUGGCGGUGGCCGAUGUCAUCUUCGUCUGCACGCUGCCCUUCUGGGUGGUGGCGGGGGCGCGGGGGAACCGCUGGCUGCUCGGCGAAGGGCUCUGCAAGGUGAGCAGCUACGCCAUCGCCGUCAACCGCUGCUCCAGCAUCCUCUUCCUCACCGCCCUCAGCGUGGAGCGCUACCUGGUCAUCAGGAAGGUGCUGGACACCAAGAUGGUGGGUUCCCAGAGGCACAUCCACGUCACCUGCGGCAUCAUCUGGGCCGUGUCCCUCCUCCUGGGUGCCCCGUCCCUGGUGUACCGGCGGCUGGAUGGGGAUGACUGCUGGGAUGGAGAUGGGGAGGACUUCAGCCUGGCCAUGGUCUUCCUCACCUUCCUCCUGCCCUUGGGCGUCAUCUCCUUCUGCUACUGCUCCAUCUACUGCCGGCUCCAGCGGCACGUCCGGCUGGGCAGGGGCGUCCGGCGUUCCCACCGCGCCAUCGUCACCAUCGUCGCAGCCUUCCUCUGCUCCUGGCUGCCCCUCAACGCCUGCAAGGUUCUGCUCUUCUUCCUCGCCAAGGGGACGCUGGUCCUGUCCCAGGGGCAGGAGGUGGCCCUGAGGUGGGUGCUGGCCGGCAGCACCUGCCUGGCCUUCGUUAACAGCUGCGUCAACCCCCUCGUCUACGCCCUGAUGGACGGACGCUGCCGUCCCCGAUGUCCCUUCGGUCCCUGCACACCGGGGACGGGUCCCGCCGUGGCCGCCCCCUCCUCCACCACUGACUCCAGCCUCCUCUUUGGUGCCUGGAUCUGGACCAAGACC